GCUGGGCCCAGGGGCCAAAAUCAAAACAACGCUGCACCUCAUGCACUUGUUGCCUGAACAAGACCACCACUAAAACCAGCUGGAGGUACGGUAAGGACAGUAAGGAGAUUCCUUGGUGAGUGAGCUUUUUGCCCUGCUUACGGGCCAUCACACCCUGAGGUUAGUGGCACGGUGGCGUGAGGGAACAUUAAUAAAGCUUCCAAGCUUCAAAAUGACCGACUUGGUCUCUUCGAACGAAGAGGAUAAGGAUCCUGACAUUGAGUUGUUUGUAAAGGCAGGCAGUGAUGGGGAGAGCAUUGGGAACUGUCCCUUCUCACAAAGACUUUUUAUGAUCUUAUGGCUGAAAGGGGUGGUGUUCAAUGUUACCACUGUUGACCUGAAAAGGAAACCACCAGAUCUACAUAAUCUUGCACCUGGAACUCACCCACCGUUUCUCACCUUCAAUGGAGAGGUGCGGACUGAUGUUAACAAGAUCGAGGAGUACCUAGAGGAGAAACUAGCUCCUCCGAAGUACCCGAAACUAGCGGCAAAAAACAGGGAAUCGAAUACAGCAGGAAAUGACAUCUUCGCUAAGUUUUCAGCGUACAUAAAGAACACCAACACUGAAGCUAACACAAGUCUACAGCGAGGGUUACUGAAGGCUUUGAAGAAACUAGAUGAUUUUCUUAACUCUCCUUUACCUGAGGAAAUUGAUGUGGAUAGCAUGGAAGAGGAGAAGUGCUCCACUCGUAAAUACCUCGACGGCAAUGAAUUAACACUAGCAGACUGCAACCUUCUCCCUAAACUUCAUGUCGUCAAGGUUGCUUCUAAGAAAUACCGUAACUUUGAGAUACCAUCAGAGUACAGUGGAGUGUGGCGCUAUCUACAGAAUGCCUAUGCACGGGACGAGUUUACCAACACGUGUGCUGCUGACAGAGAGAUCGAACUGGCCUAUCAGGAUGUAGCCAGACGUCUGGGCAAGUGAAACCUGGCUGAAGAGUAUAGUUCAUUUUUACUGACAAACUGCAGUGAGCGGUUACAUGCUUUCAUAUAUCACAUUAAUAUGUUUAAUACAUUUGAUAAACUAAACAUAACAUCAAUAUUUUUUUAAUGAAUUUUUGUGUUAGCAACUGUAUUUUGUGUGUUGCCUUGAGGACUCCAUAUUGGAUCGCUCCUAUAAAUGCCCUAGAUAGACUGUUGCCUGGUCUGAUGCUGCCUGUGUACAUUUUGCAUGUCGUUGCCAUUUGCUUCAAAUGGCAUGACUCUGUCUAAUCAGCAACUCUGUAAUGGGCUUGAGAAAAGACUGUGCCACUGAAAUCAUUCUAUUGAAAUCUCUGCAGCCUUCAUUUUCCUGAAAUGCACAAGGCAGCAUGUUUCAUUUGCUUCUACGUUAUAAUAUAUAAUAAUUAUACUUUAUAUAAUCAAUUCACCAGAGGUAAAUAAACCUGCAGUGUUCUCCAGAAUCCAGCUGAAAUAUGGACAAAUUAUGCACAGUCAACGUUUUGCAAUUCAACUUAAUCCUGCACUGAAUCUUUUACAUUUAUGACCUUGUCAUUAUCUUUGGUCAAAAGGUCUACUGUUGUGCAAUCUGGUUCCUUCUGGAUUUUGUGAUAUGCUUAACAUGCAACCACAGGUGGCUUCAAGCUUAUUUGUUGUAAAACCGCUAUAGACUUAACUGUGUGAAUAACUGUAUGUGCUGACACUUUAUGUUCAUUUUAGUACAGUAUCACAUUUUUAAAAAUGAAAGCCGCAAGCAUUAUUAAUUCCCUGUACUCCAUAUUACGAUUAAUGCAGAGGGUAUUAUAUUCUUACACGUCUUAGUUAUGCAAACAACGCCAUCUUGUGAUGAAGCAGUAGAAGUAAAAAAAAAUAAUAAAAAUUUACAUUACACUACUGGCACACAGGGUCCACCAUAGUGCAGAAAUUUGUAUACUCUAUAAGACAAAAUUGAGAAAGCUAAGAAAUAUAAAGCACAAUUUAUCAGACAUUCUUUCAUUAUCAUCACAAUUAACAAAUGUAGAAUAAAUUAAAUCUUGACCAGUUUUGCAAUCAUGUACCCUCAAAUGUACCAAUUUUGCUUCACUGCUCCAUUUUAUUCACCCAAACUAUUUUAUGUGAUUCCACAUUGCAUGUAAGUCAAAUGAAAUAUUGACAUUGUAUUAUUAUUAUUAUUAUUAUUAUUAAAGUAUAUAUAUAUAUAUAUUAAAGUAUAUAUAAAUAUAACUGUUCACGUUCAAUGUUACAAAUUAUUUGUUAAUGAACUUUUGGAUAGAUCUUGCAUAUUUCUGUCCUCUGCUAUAUGCCACAGUGCUUGUACUGACAUUUCU